AUGUCUAAGGGCAAUUUGAAGACAAUUGCCAAUGAGGAGAAUGAGGACAAAUUCGGAUUCGUAUUUGCCGUAUCUGGCCCCGUCGUUACGGCGGAGAAAAUGUCCGGAUCGGCUAUGUACGAGUUAGUUCGUGUUGGGUACAAUGAGCUGGUCGGAGAGAUCAUUAGGCUGGAGGGUGACAUGGCCACUAUUCAGGUAUACGAAGAAACAUCAGGUGUGACAGUAGGUGACCCAGUACUCCGUACAGGCAAGCCCCUAUCUGUGGAACUUGGACCUGGUAUUCUGGGGUCCAUUUUUGAUGGUAUCCAACGUCCUCUCAAGGAUAUUAACGAGCUGACACAAUCUAUCUACAUCCCCAAGGGUGUAAACGUACCAGCUCUUGCUCGUGAGUCAGACUGGGAGUUCAACCCUCUUAAUGUGAAGGUUGGAUCUCACAUCACUGGUGGAGACUUGUACGGUAUUGUACAUGAAAACACCUUGGUGAAACACAAGAUGUUGGUUCCCCCACGCGCUAAGGGUACAGUGACAUACAUUGCACCUGCUGGUAACUACAAAGUCACUGAUGUUGUACUGGAAACUGAGUUUGAUGGUGAAAAGGCCCAAUACACUAUGUUGCAAGUCUGGCCUGUACGUCAGCCGCGUCCAGUGACCGAAAAGCUUCCCGCCAACCACCCUCUGCUAACUGGACAAAGAGUUUUGGACUCCCUCUUCCCCUGUGUGCAAGGAGGUACCACUGCCAUUCCCGGAGCCUUCGGUUGUGGCAAGACUGUAAUUUCCCAAGCCCUGUCUAAGUACUCCAACUCUGACGUCAUCAUCUACGUCGGUUGUGGAGAGCGAGGUAACGAAAUGUCUGAGGUACUGCGUGAUUUCCCCGAACUGACUGUGGAGAUUGAAGGUGUGACAGAAUCCAUCAUGAAGCGUACCGCCCUCGUCGCCAACACAUCCAACAUGCCUGUGGCUGCCCGAGAGGCCUCCAUUUACACGGGUAUCACCCUAUCCGAGUACUUCCGUGACAUGGGUUACAACGUGUCCAUGAUGGCUGACUCGACGUCACGUUGGGCUGAGGCUCUUCGUGAGAUUUCGGGUCGUCUGGCUGAGAUGCCUGCCGAUUCUGGUUACCCGGCCUACCUGGGUGCACGUCUCGCUUCCUUCUACGAGAGAGCCGGACGUGUCCAAUGUCUCGGUAACCCAGACAGGGAAGGAUCCGUAUCAAUUGUCGGUGCCGUAUCACCACCCGGAGGUGACUUCUCCGAUCCCGUAACCGCCGCUACCCUCAGUAUUGUACAGGUGUUCUGGGGUUUGGACAAGAAGCUCGCGCAGAGGAAGCACUUCCCCUCAAUCAACUGGCUUAUCUCAUACAGUAAGUACAUGCGUGCGCUGGACGACUUCUAUGAGAAACAAUACCCAGAAUUCGUCCCACUUAGGACUAAGGUCAAGGAGAUCAUGCAGGAAGAAGAGGAUCUAUCAGAAAUCGUGCAACUGGUCGGUAAGGCGUCACUCGCUGAGACGGACAAGAUCACUCUUGAGGUCGCCAAGCUACUCAAAGAUGACUUCUUGCAGCAGAACAGUUACUCCGCGUAUGACAGAUUCUGCCCCUUCUACAAGACCGUGGGUAUGCUGAAGAACAUCAUCACCUUCUACGACAUGUCGAGACACGCCGUGGAAUCAACAGCGCAAUCAGACAACAAGGUUACCUGGAACGUGAUCCGUGAUGCCAUGGGCAACGUGCUCUACCAGCUCUCCUCGAUGAAGUUCAAGGACCCAGUCAAGGACGGCGAAGCGAAAAUCAAGGCCGACUUCGACCAACUGCUCGAAGACAUGUCAGCCGCCUUCCGCAACCUCGAGGACUAA